CCGAGAAUGCCUGACACAAUGCCCGCAACCCAAAGGGUUGUUCGUCUUCCAUCCAGGCGGGAUACCGGCCAACCCCGGCAGGAUUAUCGUGAAUUGGACUUGCUCAACAGCUCAGACCCGGAGGAGCUCGUGGACGGACAAAAAAUGGGUCACACCACCUUCUCACGUGAUCCCAGCGCAUCGCUGCCUUACCAUGUUCCUCCGUUGAACACCUCUACUCGUCUGCAAGAUGCUUCGCCCAGAGUGCGGCGCCAUCUUCAUGGCACGCAGGACCUCUUUUCACGGCUGCAGUUGGUGGAUGCGUAUACCACAUUUGUUCGUCCCUACGUGAGACCAAGUCAGUUGACAAAGGACCCCCGUUUUCAAGAUGAACAGGAAGAUGGUAAUCGGAUACCACACGGGCUGAAGACAUUUCUCGCCGACCUGCCGGGGCGAACUUCUACGAAGAAAAGUUCACCCAUUGCGGACAUGAUGAUGAUUGGGCCAAGGCAGCACACUGAUAUCAUGCAACUAGAUGCGAGGACCAUUGAACAUUUCAAACUGCCUGAGGGACUACUCUUCAGAACUUCCCAAUCUUCUGAUUUUGAAGCGGGCGGGAGACGGCGUAAACACAAACGACACCCAGAUGAACUGGAGAAUCGAGGUCAUCACGAUGCGCCCGAUAUGCCUUCCAACGAGGAACGCGGACCUAGCCAAGAGACUCCAUCUCUGUUUAGUCAGCCAUUAAUGCGCAAGCAGCGUGAGGAUGACCCUCAUAACUUCGCGCCAUCGCCAAUGUCAAAGCGCAGAAAAUUGGUGAAUCGACGGAGUUAGACUGCGUCGUUGUGUUUUGUCUGACCUCAUCAUUUGCUAGGGAGAUUCGUAGGGUCGUGAGACCAAUACCUGAUGGAAAAUUUUCAUAAAGGGUCUAUUUUGUCCCUUCCAAUUUACGUCGUCCCAACAAUCUU